UUCAAGGAUGGCGUUAGCGCAUGGGGGUUGCCCUCAAGAGUACGUGGCGAUAUGGGCGUGGAGAACAGAGAUGUCGCACGCUAUAUGCUUGCUCACGAAUCGAGAGGUCCAGGAAGAGGAAGUUAUAUUACGGGACGAAGCGUUCACAAUAGCCGCAUUGAACGUCUUUGGCGAGACGUUUACCAAACCGUUCUCUCUCUAUUUUAUGAUCAUUUUAUGAAUAUGGAAGCUGACGGAGUUCUUAAUCCUGAUAACGAACAUAAUUUGUUCUGUCUACACGAGGUCUAUCAGCCGAUAAUAAAUGAAAUGCUAAAAAGAUUCUCAGAUUCGUGGUUGCAUCACAAGUUGCGCACGGCUGGAAACAAAACACCACUACAGCUGUUCUUAAUGGGGAUGCAACAAAUUGGCGGAGAAAGCAACUUAAUAUCUAAUGAGUACUUCGAACAUUUAAAUGAGGCCGAAAUUCAGUCCUUUGGAAUCGAUGGUGAUGCAUAUCUUCCUGAAGAUGUUAAUGAGCUAGAUGCCGUCACAAUUCCGGAAACAAUUUGCCCGUUAUCUGAAGAACACCUUGCUGUCUUUAGAGGCACACUUCAAGUUGUAAGUGCUGAUGACUUGUGGAAUAUACAGCCUUAUUUGCAAGCCGUACAGACAUUAAAUUCCAUGUUAAACGAAUUACCUUAGACAAUAACCAUAAAGUACUUAGAGUUCGUGAAACACAACAUAAGAUAAGAUAUCUUCAAUUUU